AUGUGGAAUUACAAGUGUCGUGCAAGAGAGGAGACAUUUAAAAAAAGAUCAUCUCACUGCAGAAAACAUUACCUCAAACGUAGGAUUGACGUCAAUGACGUUUACCAUGAUCAGAAAAGACGCCGAACUUCUGAGGUCCACCCGAAGUCAUCCCAAAUCAAUGACGUCAUCACAAAUGAGAGCCGAUCGUCUACGAGUGACGUCAUUCAGGCGGUUGAACGGCUGUCGACGAACUCCGACCUUGUGGCAGAUGGGUCACGGGACAACGGGCUCCCGACCGUGGCCGGCAAACACAAGGAUCUCAUGGCCAUUUUGCCGGAAACGAUGUCAGCUGUACUGAAUGGCGACUACGACCACCAUAUUGAUCACUUGACCGUCAUUGACUGUAGAUACCCGUACGAGUUUGAAGGAGGCCAUAUCCGGGGCGCCAUUAAUCUCUACACAAAGGACUCAAUCCGGAACUUCCUGAACGAGACAAUGACCUCAUCAGAAAAGAAUCACGUGAUCGUUUUUCACUGCGAGUUCUCAUCAGAACGAGGCCCAAAGAUGUACCGCCAUCUUAGAUCGCUGGAUCGUGAAUCGAACAAGGAUUCUUACCCACAACUGAACUUCCCAGAGGUUUACCUCUUGGAAGGCGGAUACAAGGAGUUUUAUCACCAGUUCCAGGACCAGUGCUUUCCCCAAAUCUAUGUUCCCAUGUUGCACCAGGAGCACGUGGACGACUUACGUCACUUCCGUGUCAAGUCCAAGUCGUGGGCGGCAGGCGACAAACCACGUCACAGAUCACGUUUAAAACAUUACCUCAAACGUAGGAUUGACGUCAAUGACGUUUACCAUGAUCAGAAAAGACGCCGAACUUCUGAGGUCCACCCGAAGUCAUCCCAAAUCAAUGACGUCAUCACAAAUGAGAGCCGAUCGUCUACGAGUGACGUCAUUCAGGCGGUUGAACGGCUGUCGACGAACUCCGACCUUGUGGCAGAUGGGUCACGGGACAACGGGCUCCCGACCGUGGCCGGCAAACACAAGGAUCUCAUGGCCAUUUUGCCGGAAACGAUGUCAGCUGUACUGAAUGGCGACUACGACCACCAUAUUGAUCACUUGACCGUCAUUGACUGUAGAUACCCGUACGAGUUUGAAGGAGGCCAUAUCCGGGGCGCCAUUAAUCUCUACACAUAG